UUGGGAGGGCACACAUUUCAAACAUACUUAGUGAGGUUUCUCGCUCUCGCUCUCUUUCACACAGUCAUCCCAGAUGCUCUGAUCACUGGGUUUUGCACCGUUUCCUUGUGUCUAGGAAGAUCCUGUGGAGACAUUUUCACCAAGCCACCCAUUAUUUAUUUACUCCACUCAAGAAAGAAGAAACUUCAUCAACUGGAAUUUCACAUAAGUCAGAAUAAACCACUUGGUGUAAACUUCGGGGAAGCUGCCUCUGCUUCGGCACAAGCAAUAACAGCUGAAAAAUGAAGCCUGUUCUGCCCUCCUUAUUGUGCCCAGAAUGCCCAGCUGAGAUGAACUCACUUUGCACUGCUCAUGGGCUGCUGAGUUAGAUCAUUUAAGAGGAUGGAGGGCACAGUCUCCUCAACAGCGAGGGUGGGCACAGAUAAGGGCAACCUACUCAGAAGCAACCCCAACAUUUCCUACAAUACAACCUGGGACGGGGCCUCCACAGAGGACUUCAUAGCCACCUGCACCAUCGGGACUAUCCUCUCCAUCAUGUGUGUUAUUGGAGUGACAGGCAACAUCUACACCUUGGUGGUAAUGUGCCACUAUCUGAGAUACUCUGCCUCUAUGUACAUCUACAUCAUCAACCUUGCCCUAGCAGACCUACUCUACCUUCUCACCAUCCCUUUCAUUGUCGGGACAUAUUUCACCCGGGGAUGGUACUUUGGAGAAGCUGGGUGCCGGAUCCUUUUCAGCUUGGAUUUCCUCACCAUGCACACCAGUAUUUUCACCUUGAUGGUGAUGAGCACAGAGAGAUACCUGGCAGUGCUGAAGCCCCUGGACACCGUGAAAAGGUCCAAGAGCUACCGGAAAGCCAUUGCCAUCAUCAUCUGGGUUGUGUCUCUGCUCCUCACCCUCCCAAUGCUCAUCAUGAUCCAGCUGGUAAGAGAGGACAAGAACAUCUGCCUCCCUACCUGGAGCAAAAUGUCCUACAAGAUCUACAUCACCAUCCUCUUCUGUACCAGCAUUGUGGGUCCCGGGGUUGUCAUUGGGUACCUUUACAUCCGGCUGGCAAGGACUUACUGGGUGUCCCAAACGACUUCUUUGAAAGAGACCAAGAGGCUGCCCAACCAAAAAGUGCUGUACUUGAUCUUCACUAUCGUGCUGGUCUUCUGGACCUGCUUCCUGCCUUUCUGGAUAUGGCACCUCCUCUCCCAAUACAUCGACCCCCUCCCAGUGUCUCAAAACGCCACCAGGAACAUCAACUACCUGACCACGUGCCUGACUUACAGCAACAGCUGCAUCAACCCUUUCCUCUACACCUUGCUGACCAAAAACUACAAAGAGUACUUGAGGAACAGGCAGCGAUCCUUUAACAGCAGCAGCGGCUACUUCCAGAGGAGAAGCAGGUUCCAGAGGAUCUCUGGGAGAUCGUGGUCCACAAGCAGCCAGCACUACACGGAGACCUUUGUGCUCCCUCCCAUUCCUGGGGGGAACAGCAGUCCCUGAAAGGGGGAGGGAAUAUCCCCCAAGCACUGGCUAUCCUCAUGGGAGCCUGGACUGAGAGGCUGCUGUGUUGUCAAAUGGCAAAAGCAGAGAUGCAAGGUGGCAUUCAACUAAAAUUUUCCAUCAACACAAGGAUCACUGCUUGCACAGUAGGUCUUUCCCUCUCCUCCCCCAGAGGCUUGGUGGGACCCCUAGGACAGAUUUAGGGGGUGUGCAUGGGGGGGGAGGGAAAACACUCGCAAAAAUCCUUGUGCUGACAGAAGAUUCACUUAGUGCUCCGUUGGAUGCAACACAAAGUAUCAAAUGGGUGUCAUAGAAUAGACAUGUCCUGACAUAGAGUAUGAUCUUCUAUCAGGGGUGCCAAAAUAUUGGAGGGGCCCAGGUAAGCCCUGCCCCUCACAAUCAAUCACAAGACACAUUUGAAUGGCAAUGCCCAUCAACUUGGGGGAGGGGCUCAAAUAUUUUUUGGGAGGAGCCAAUGGGACCUUAGCCCCUAGGAGUUGCCUCUUAUGUCUCCUAGAGUUCCCAAUCCGCUGCUUUUUAGAUGUAACUUUGGGUGAACUUUCUCAAUCACAAAAACAUGUAAUGCAUCCCAACUAUCCCAUGACGUGUCAACUUAAAUUAUUGAACCAAUGUUUGUCAAAAGGUUUAUUUUAUUUUAUUACUGUUGUUUUGAAGUAUAUCACCCAAGCAGUCGUUUGGGAAAAUAAGUGAAAUCAAUAAAGA